AAACCCAAUGACUUUACUAGGCCGUCCCAAGAAAACCCUUAUAAAACCCACCAUUUCUUCUCAAAAUACCACCCUCUCUCUCCCUCCAUCUCUCUCUCUCUCUAAAAUUUAGAAGCACAUUUAUCACAACAAUGUGCCAAUUAGCUUCCUCUCCUCUCUCCUGCAAAUGCAAUUCCGACCACCCACACCUCCUCUCAAUCAAUAACACAGAAGAGGCCGACAUGUUCACUCCUUUGAUCCCCAAAAGCCCAACAUUUGAACCACAACACAAACAACAAAACCAAAAUCCCCACAAAACCCAUCUCUCUCUUGCCAUCAAUGAAGCCAAGUCGAUAGCCAAAAUAGCUCUUCCCAUGAUACUGACAGGCCUCUUGCUCUACUCUCGCUCCAUGAUCUCCAUGCUCUUCCUCGGCCGCCUCGGCGACCUGGCCUUGGCCGGAGGUUCCCUCGCCGUUGGCUUCGCAAACAUCACCGGCUACUCGAUCCUCUCCGGCCUCGCAAUGGGGAUGGAACCCAUCUGUGGCCAAGCAUUUGGCGCCAAAAGACACACCCUCCUUGGCCUUUCCUUGCAAAGAACAGUGCUUUUGCUCAUUCUCACCUCAUUCCCAAUAGCUCUUCUUUGGUUGAACAUGCAGAGAAUUCUACUCUUGUGUGGCCAAGAUGAGUCUAUAUCGACUGAAGCACAAUCAUACCUUUUGUACUCUCUUCCUGAUCUUUUAGCUCAAUCUUUUCUUCAUCCAAUAAGAAUCUAUCUCCGAACUCAGUCGAUAACUCUACCUCUAACAUUCUGUGCCACUCUAACUGUUAUUCUACACAUACCCAUAACUUAUUUUCUUGUUUCCAAGCUUGGUUUAGGGACUAGAGGGGUUGCAAUUAGUGGGGUUUGGACAAACUUCAAUCUCGUAGCGUUCUUAAUCAUCUACAUACUAAUCUCUGGUGUGUACAAGAAAACUUGGGUAGGCUUGUCAAUGGAGUGCUUGAAAGAAUGGAAAUCUUUAUUGAAUUUGGCUAUUCCGAGCUGCAUUUCGGUGUGUCUCGAAUGGUGGUGGUACGAAAUCAUGAUCUUGCUCUGCGGGUUGUUGUUGAACCCAAGAGCAACCGUUGCUUCAAUGGGCAUUCUCAUUCAAACCACUUCGUUAAUCUACAUCUUCCCAUCUUCUCUGAGCUUCAGCGUGUCGACAAGGGUCGGUAACGAACUGGGUGCCAGCCGGCCCGAGAAGGCAAAGCUGGCAGCCAUUGUAGGCCUCUGUUGGAGCUUCAUGUUGGGGUUUUCGGCUUUGGUUUUCGCAGUCAUGGUGAGGAAUGUGUGGGCUAUGAUGUUCACACAAGAUAAGGAGAUUAUAGCAUUGACAUCGCUUGUUUUGCCGAUUAUCGGACUUUGUGAGCUCAGUAACUGCCCACAAACAACAGGUUGUGGAGUGUUGAGAGGAACAGCUAGGCCUAAGGUUGGAGCAAACAUCAAUUUGGGUUGCUUCUACCUUGUUGGAAUGCCGGUGGCUGUCGGGUUAGGGUUCUAUCUAGGGUUUGAUUUUGAAGGGUUGUGGUUGGGCCUGUUGGCUGCAGAGAGCUCGUGUUUGGUGACCAUGUUGGUGGUUUUGGUUCGGACAGAUUGGGAGUUUCAGGCUGAGAGAGCUAAAGAGCUGACUGGAGUUGAUGUGGUUGAUGAUGACAGCGAAGAAAUUGAGGAACAUAAUAAGCCACUCAAAGCUGAAAUCAAGGAAGAUUCUUUGGGUUCCUUAGUUAUUUUAGUUUAAUCCGAUCAUUCGGUUGGUCCAUUUUUUUAGGGGUAUCUUCUCUUGUUCUUUUACUUAGUUGUAAGGUAGAGAGAGAGAGUACUUUAUAUUUUUGUGUUUGGUUUUAGGCUAUUUCCAAGGAAUUCUUGCUACUUCCUGUGGAAUUCAAAAUUUUAUAGUAUAUUACAUUGAAUCUCAUAGGAAGUGGUGAAAAAAAAAAAGAAAAAGAAAUUAGUGUUUAUGAUUUCUGAGGAAGAACCAACAAACAUUUUGUAAUUUUGUAUUCUAUUUAAAUCUAUACAAUGAGAUUUGA